UUGAAGCAGGCCUGUAAAAUUUUUUCGAGCCUCACACCCUAGCUAAUUCAUUUGCUCCACCGCUCUCCCGCCCUUCUCCUCGAUGCGCUUCCCCCAAUGCCUCUCAACCGUCUGUCUGAUCCGACUCUUUCCUCGUCGUUGCGCAGCUCCCGCUCACCGCUUUUCAUCUUCUCCCGACGCCGUUCGGCCGCAGCUGAAAGUCGGCGAUGUUCUGCGCAUGACGCGGCGUUUCUCCGCCGCCGAUGUGGCGGCGUACGGCUCUGUGAGCGGUGACCGGAAUCCGGUCCAUCACGAUCCCGAUUUCGCUCGACGCAUUGGUGGGUUCGAUGGAGGCUGCAUCGUUCAUGGAAUGCUCGUCGCGUCCCUUUUCCCCUCCGUCAUAUCCUCCAACUUUGUAGGUUUUCAAUCUUUUCUUAAAUUGUCUUCUUUUAAUUGUGCUCAUAAUGGUUUUGCCGAUUGCAAGUAG